CGUCACGGCUCUCUUCCUUUAAAAUGUAAACAAAACCGAAAUCCCAGCGUUCUAUGGAGGAAUCUAUGUGGCUACUUCUCUAUUGGGCUGAACCGGGUUCUAAAAUUACGAAGUUCAAUCGAAGGGCUGACUCCCCUGUUUUGUUGAGAACACCAUUCCGAUGAGUUACAAUGAUAUUUUUGAAGAACACUUGUUUACAGACAAUCCCUCUGAACGUCCGAAGUUUUGGUCCGAUUCGAUUUUUUGCUCGUCAUCCAAAGAUUACCACCAUGGAGACAAAAAAUAAGGCGAUAGUGAAACAUUUUCCAGAGGACCCGAUUUUCUCGUUCACAUUUCUCUUCAAUCACCCUAAUUUGGGAGUUCAACGCCAAUUCAACCUGUCACGGCCAAUCGAGGAGCCUUCCAGUCAAUUCAAAACUCGUCUCUUGGGAAAUAUAGAAAAAGUUCUGACCAAGAAGCGAAAAAGGAAAGCGAACCAGACGGAAGAAGGAGAAAAAGAUCUAUUUCCCGAGGUCCAGGCCACAUUCUCAAACCAAACUUGUAGUAACCUGAUACUCGGCGAUGAUGUGGCGAUCAAAGAUAUUUUGUUUGCGGACAAUGAAGUUGUCAUGAACCUUAUGGGACAUGAAUAUCUUGUGGAUGUAAACCCCCCGAUGGUUGAAAGCGCAAGGUUACAAGAUCAAAUAAUGUCUGGAUUCUUGGUGUACCCAUACAAGUUGAAAGUGAAUUUCUCGGAUUUGUCGCUCUCCACGUUUAGUUGGUUCGCAAGUGUAGAAAAAUUCCACGAUGGUUUGGAUCCAAGAGCAAAAACUUCACCCCAAGUGACGUGGGCUCAUCGCCAAGAUUCAUACCUGUAUAGAGUGACGGAUGAGGAUAAGGGCGGUCUCCUAAGGCUGGUGAUUAGGCCCAAAAACUCGCAGAACCGCGAAGGCCUAAUUUUCGAGACUAUAUCGAAAGGCGAGGUCUCCGCAGGACCUGGUCUCUGUGGGUUCGAGGCCAGGCAGGCUUUCACAAAGACCAAAACCAAAACUGAUGAGCUGCGUGUGGUUACCUACAACUUAUUGGCCGAUCUGUAUGCCGAUUCUGAAUACUCUCGCACCGUCCUCCAUCCUCAAUGUCCUCCUUAUGCCCUUGCCAUCGAAUAUCGCAAGCAACUAUUGCUCCAAGAGCUCAUUGGUUAUAACGCAGAUAUUCUAUGUCUUCAAGAAGUCGAUGCUAAAGUGUUUGACCUCGAUCUAUGCCUUGUGCUUGAGGAACCACAAUACGGCUUCCAGGGUACUUUUGCGUCUAAAGGUGGAUCCGUGAAUGAAGGUGAAGCUUGCUUUUGGCGAACUGAUAAAUUCGAGCUUAUCGAAACGGAGAGAGUGGUUCUUGGAGAAUCUCUGAAAACCAAAGACUACGUCAAGGACAUUCUGUCAUCCAUUUGCGAAAACGACCAAUUGAUGGCCAAUGUAGCGGAAAGAUCCACCAUCGUUCAACUCGUGGUGCUCAAGCACAAAUCAAGUGAGAGACUUGUAAUCGUGGCCAACACGCAUAUGUACUUCAAACCAGAAGCUGACCACGUUAGGUUGCUUCAAAGUGCUGUGAUCCUCCGUGAGUUGGCCGAAAAGCAGAAAAAAAUGACGUUUGCUCAUCCGAAAUGUCGGAUCAGUGUGAUGAUUUGCGGAGACUUUAACAGCACUCCUCCUUGUGGAGUGUUUGAGUAUUACACCAAGGGUUCAAUCGCGCCUGAUCACCCGGAAUGGCGAGUUGUGGAAGGACAAGUGGUGAACGAUCUGAACCUUCAUCAUCAAUUCAAGUUGGGCUCAGCUUGCGGUACCCCCGAAUAUACGAACUUCACAAUCACGUUCAAAGAUUGUCUAGAUUACAUAUUUUACGACAAAGACAGUAUGAAAGUGCGAGAAGUGGUGCCAUUUCCUUCCAAGGAAGAAUUGGAUGAAAUUCAAGGCAUCCCUAACAUUGGUUAUCCAUCUGACCAUUUGCCAUGUAUCGCAACCCUUGCUUGGAAUGGAGACCACUCAGUGUAGUGGUCCGUCGUUUUUUGUCAUUGAGCAUGUCAUUGAGCAUGUUUUAUAUUGCAACUUUCAUUAUUCAAAAAUUAGUCUCGUGUUCAACAUCA